UAUGCUUGGUAUUCAACUGCCGUUACCGGGAUCCUGUUGUCGUGCUCGGGGGAGGGCUGAAUGUGAGAGGCAGAUGUUGUAGCACUGAUUAUUUUCGGAUUAACUAUAACAGAGAAGCUACAAGAACAGCCCAGCCAUCAGCGCCACCUUCCAGGACACACUGAGGGUCCGCGUAAAAUUAUCUGUGUGAAGCGGGCUUUUCUGAAAUGGAGGCGAGGAGGGAACAGAGAACAGGCCCGAAGCCAACAAGCCAUAAGUUCAGCUAGCAAGCAUAGUUAUCCCUGGCUACCUGGCAUAAGUUGGCUAAUGAUACAUCUAGUUACGAAUUUUGCAUCGAUGUAGUGUUCCUACGAUAGAGGAUCUUGUUCUCUUUGAUUUGUAGAGACACGUUGGUUCGUUUCAUACCUUCCGAACUUCUCAGAAGUUGAUUUUAUUUGUGGACGUGAAGCUUUUUCACUGCAACCGAAAUCAAAGUUGAGAAUUGUUAGCUAUAACUAGCUUAACUACCUGCGUUCGUUUGGUUAGUACUGUUUCGUGUUGUUUGCCUCCUAUUUUCAUUUGUGGUAACGUUAGCUAGCUAGCUAGCUCGGAUCGUGUUUUGUCUAGCUAGCUCAUUUGGUCAGCUGCUUCUUUGGCUGUAGUGGGAGCAGCACCACGGUCUUCCCCCUCAAACCGGGACUUCGUUGUACUGCGAACGACUCGGGCUUUGGCUGACUUGCUUGCUAUCUAUAAAGCAAUGGAGGAAAAUGACAACAUGGACUAUUUUUACCAGCAAGUUUUGCAGAAGGACGUGACCCGGCGGCUGCAGGUUGGGCCGGACCUUAUAGACUACCUCAGUGACCCACAGAGAUCUUCGGACGUAGAACAGGAGAAAUCACGUCUGGAUAAAACCAUAGACGAAUUAACGGGGUGGGUCAAUUCAAGCAACUAUAAGGUUGCUCUGAUGGGGAUCGAUAUUGUCAGUGCGUUUGUCGACCGGAUGAGUGAUCAUUUUCGGGGUUAUGUAGGCACAGUGGUCCCUGCUUUAGUGGAUCGUCUGGGUGAUGGGAAGGACCAGGUUCGGGAUCAGACGCAGGCGCUUAUUCUCAAGUUGAUGGACCAGGCAGCCACUCCCAUGUAUGUUUGGGAGAGGCUAUUCCCUGGCUUCAAACACAAGAACUUCCGCAGCAGAGAGGGGCUCUGUCUGUGUCUGGCUGCCACACUCAACACGUAUGGUGCCCAGCCCCUGAGUCUGAGUAAAUUUGUGCCACAUCUGUGUGCCCUAACAGGAGACCAGAACCCCCAAGUGCGUGAAGCUGGAAUAUCAGCCUUGGUGGAAGUGUAUCGGCACGUGGGCGAGCGAGUGAGGGCUGACCUGGGCAAGCGAGGACUCCCAGCUGCACGGUUACAGGCGAUUCUGAGCCGGUUUGAUGAAGUGUUGAAUUCUGGGAACAUGGCUCUUAGCCUGAGUCAAGAUCGCAGCUUUGAUGAUGAUGACUCUGUGGACGGGAGCCGGCCCUCGGCUGCCCAGGCAUCUUUCAAAGUGCCCAAAGUACCGAAGAAGCCCAGCGAUUCAGCCAGCAGCUCCAGAAGGUCUAGUACCACUGGAGCCACCAAGCUGGCUGUGUCUAAAGAGGCUGCUGGAGCUGUAGAUGAGGAAGACUUUAUCAAAGCAUUCACAGAUGUCCCCACUGUUCAGAUCUACUCCACGCGGGAUCUGGAGGACAAUCUGAACAAGAUCCGAGAGAUCCUCUCUGAUGACAAACACGAUUGGGAUCAAAGAACUAAUGCACUCAAGAAGAUUCGCUCGUUGCUGGUCGCUGGGGCGAGCAGCCAUGACUGUUUCUACCAGCACCUGCGGGUGCUGGACGGCGCCUUUAAGCUGUCGGCUAAAGACCUUCGCUCGCAGGUGGUGCGCGAGGCCUGCAUAACUGUGGCGCAUCUGUCCACAGUGUUGGGGAAUAAGUUUGAUCACGGUGCAGAGGCCAUCGUCCCUGUGCUGUUUAAUCUCAUCCCCAACUGCGCUAAAGUGAUGGCCACCUCGGGCACAGCAGCCAUCCGCAUCAUCAUACGGCAUACGCAUGUGCCACGCCUCAUUCCUCUCAUCACAGGGAACUGCACGUCCAAGUCUGUGGCAGUGAGGAGACGCUGCUAUGAGUUCCUCGACCUGCUCCUGCAGGAGUGGCAGACACACUCCCUGGAGAGGCAUGCAGCUGUUUUGGUGGAGAGCAUAAAGAAGGGAAUCAGAGAUGCAGACUCUGAGGCUCGGGUUGAGGCCAGGAAAGCCUACUGGGGGCUUCGUUCGCACUUUCCUGGGGAGGCGGAGUCUCUGUAUAACUCAUUAGAGCAGUCCUAUCAGAAGACGCUUCAGUCGUGUCUAAAGAGCUCAGGCAGCGUAGCAUCUCUCCCACAGUCCGACCGCUCCUCCUCCAGCUCCCAAGAGAGCCUCAAUCGGCCGUUGUCAUCAAAGUGGUCGGCUGCUCAAGUCAGAGUUCCAGCCAGUUCUAAGUCGCCAGGUUCCCUGCAGCGGUCGCGCAGUGAUGUGGACGUGAAUGCAGCAGCCGGUGCCAAAGCGAGAUACAGUGGGCAGGCAGGAGGGGCUGGCCGUCUCACUACAGCCCUGCCUCCAGGCUCCUAUGCCUCACUGGAUGAUGCUUCUGAUAAAGAUGGGCGACUACGCACCAAGCAACUGUUAUCAACACCAGCAGGAAUGGGCAGCAGCCAGGUGGACUCAAGAGGGCGGAGCCGAACAAAGAUGGUAUCUCAGUCACAGCGUUCCGACGAUUCUGAUUGCACGCCAGCGGGCUCUCGCUCUGGCUCCCCGGGCCGCGUGUUGGCCAGCACGGCUCUGAGCACGCUCAGCACGGGCGCCCAGCGGGUGAGUGCGGCUCCGGGCUCACAGCGUCGCAGCAGGAUCCCACGCAGUCAGGGCUGCAGCCGAGACUCCAGCCCCACACGUCUGUCUGUGGCACCAUCAAAUAUCAGCCACAUCUACAAUGGAUCAAAAGGAGCAAGGGGUAGUCGGAUACCCCGGCCUAGUGUGAGUCAGGGCUGCAGUCGUGAGGCCAGUCGAGAGAGCAGCAGAGACACCAGUCCCGUGCGCUCCUUCACUCCGCUUGCUUCACGGCACUACUCUCGCUCUACUGGUGCUCUCCACGCCCCAGAUGCCUUUGGGGCAGCAGGUUCGGGGUUGGGGAUGUCUCAGUCCAGCCGUCUGUCUUCCUCUGUCAGUGCCAUGAGAGUGUUAAAUACAGGAUCAGAUGUAGAGGAGGCUCUUGCUGAUGCACUGCUGUUAGGAGAUAUGCGUAGCAAGAAGAAACCGGCACGGCGGCGCUAUGAGACCUAUGGCAUGUACUCGGACGACGACGCCAACAGUGACGCAUCAAGCGUAUGCUCGGAGCGCUCAUACAGCUCACGCAACGGCAGUAUCCCCACAUACAUGAGGCAGACGGAGGAUGUGGCAGAGGUGCUCAACCGCUGUGCCUCCGCCAACUGGUCUGAGAGGAAGGAGGGCCUGGUUGGACUACAGACCAUGCUGAAAAACCAGCGCACACUCAGCCGGGUCGAGCUCAAGCGGUUGUGUGAGAUUUUCACCAGAAUGUUUGCAGACCCACACAGCAAGCGUGAGUCCAGAGGCUUCGGCACGGCAGAAUCCGGUAUCAGUUCCGCCUCCUUUAAGAGAGUGUUCAGCAUGUUCCUGGAGACACUGGUGGAUUUCAUAGUGGUGCAUAAGGAGGAGCUGCAGGACUGGCUCUUUGUGCUUCUCACCCAGCUGCUGAAGAAGAUGGGCGCUGACCUGCUCGGCUCCGUCCAGGCAAAAGUGCAGAAAGCUCUCGAUGUCACAAGGGAAUCGUUCCCUAAUGAUCUGCAGUUCACUAUUCUUAUGCGAUUCACUGUAGACCAGACCCAGACACCCAACCUAAAGGUGAAGGUGGCCAUUCUGAAGUACAUUGAGACGCUGACACUACAGAUGGAGCCACAGGACUUUGUGAACUCGAGUGAGACCAGGCUGGCCGUCUCCCGCAUCAUCACGUGGACCACAGAGCCCAAGAGCUCUGAUGUCAGGAAGGCAGCCCAGUCUGUGCUGAUUGCGCUGUUCCAGUUGAAUACACCAGAGUUCACCAUGCUUCUAGGGGCACUGCCUAAAACCUUUCAGGAUGGAGCCACCAAACUUCUACAGAACUACCUGCGCAACACGGGUAAUGUAGCACAGGCUCCAGUGGGAAGCCCUCUGACGCGGCACACGCCAAGAUCACCAGCCAGCUGGUGUAGCCCACUAACAUCCCCUACCAACACAUCACAGAAAACACCCUCACCUAGUGCAUUCGAUUAUGACACAGAGAAUAUGAACUCAGAGGAGAUCUACAGUUCUCUGCGUGGCGUUAGCCAAGCCAUCCAGAACUUCAGUGUCCGAAGCCAAGAGGACAUGACUGAAGCACCUCGCAAAAGAGAAGGGGAUGGUGAAGAGGGCGGUGCCGACAUUACAGACUCUGGUCGGACAGCACUGGAUAACAAAACCUCUCUGCUGAAUACCAUGCCCCUCCUCUCCUCUAGUCCCCGCCCCACAAGGGAAUACCAGCCAGGUAGUUACACUGACUCCUCCUUUGGCUCCUCCCCCUUUAAUAAGAACCUAAAAGAUGCUCUGGACCAAGAAACCGAACCACUCCAAGAUGUGCCUUCAGACAGCAGUGAGGACCAGUCAGAGGUGGUGGCUGAGCUGCUGAAGGAGCUGUCCAAUCACAGCGAGCGGGUGGAGGAGAGGAAGGCGGCACUGUGUGAGCUCAUGCGCCUUAUGAAGGAGACGCAACUGCACGUGUGGGAUGAGCAUUUCAAAACCAUUCUCCUGCUGCUACUGGAAACCCUGGGAGAUGGCGAGCAUGUGAUUCGUGCGUUGGCUUUGCGGGUGUUGAAGGAAAUUCUAAACAGGCAGCCUUGGCGCUUUAAAAACUAUGCAGAGCUUACUAUCAUGAAAACCUUGGAAGCACACAAAGACCCGCACAAAGAGGUGAUCCGGGCAGCAGAGGAGGCAGCAGCUAUGCUGGCGAGUUCUAUAAGCCCAGAGCAGUGCAUUAAGGUCCUGUGUCCCAUCAUUCAGUCAGCAGACUACCCCAUCAACCUGGCUGCCAUCAAGAUGCUCACCAAAGUCAUCGAACGGCUUUCCAAAGAUGGCCUGCUCCACAUGCUCCCUGAGAUUGUUCCUGGGCUCAUACAGGGUUAUGAUAACUCUGAGAGCAGUGUAAGGAAAGCUUGCGUGUUCUGCCUUGUGGCCAUCUAUGCGAUCAUUGGAGAGGAUCUCAAGCCUCACCUCAGCCAACUGUCUGGCAGCAAGCUGAAGCUGCUGAAUUUGUAUAUAAAGCGUGCUCAGAGUGGCUCCAGCGGAAGCGAUCCAUCUUCGGACGUGGGUAGUCAAGGCCUGUAGCUCCACCCACAGGACUUCAUGAGCGCAGGCUUUUUAACCUGCGUACAAACACUUGGACUGCUCUACACUUGCACAGCCUUGCAGACACACACACAAACACACAUGUAAACACACAUAUGAACGUACUGCUGGACACCUUCUCUUGCUUCACCCCACCAGCACUGGACUCAUCUUAAAAUCUUCCUCCCAAACAGUUCAACUCCUGUGAUUGUGUGUGAGCGUGUCUUUCUUUGUGGAUGCUCCAUUUGUGGCGAUGAUGGUAAGCUUUUAUUUGCUUGUGGUCAGUUAAUAGAGGGAAUGUGUGGGUGAAUGUGUAUGAGAGAAACAGAAUUAGUUACUUGUGGAAAUCCCGGCAAUGACACAAGGGUGAGCGAGUGGAGGCUUUGGGGUGUCACUCCACAAUAUAGAGAUCUUUUUUUUUGUAUCAAGGGGCUUUCGGGAAAACUGGGAUUUGUCAGAUGCAACACAGAUCUCUAGCAUCUGAACAGAAAUAUAAUUAACAACCCUAAUAGCUCCCUGUUGAUAUUAAUGGUCAUAUCACUUCAUAAUCCUGAGCAGUUGCUCUAUUAUAUGGCAUACUUUGCUUGGCUAUAUGCAUGUCAUGAUUUAAAACCAAACUUUGAUGGGGCUUAACGAGCCUGGUGGCCCAUUUUCACGCCCAAGGUUUGUGGCGCAGUUCUGCGAAGACAGAUGUGACAGAUUUACAUAGGCAAUAUGUAUCUAUAUAUAACACAACAGGAGUAUUUGAGGAAGUCUUGUUACUUGGAGGGCGUGUGUAUUCUUUUAAGUAGCAUAGUGUCAUUCUUCUCCAAUGGUAAAUUUGUAGAAAUGUAUUUACACAUUUAAAUGCAAAACUGCUGUCUUUUGCCUCCCUGUAGUCUUUCCCCUCUGUGAGGAAUUUUUCCUCUCAUUUCCCCACUGCAUUUCUAAAGCUAUGCUAACAAAAUUAAAAUAAAGAAAAAAAUGUACAGACAUGAA